AUGGCUCCAAUUGACAUCACCGACAAUUUGGGUGGCUUUCCUUGUUAUGCCAACAAUGCCACAGCAAAAUGGCUGAAUAAGCUGAGAUCAGGUGCCAUUCUUGCCGACAAAUAUGAGCUCCACAUCGAGAAAGCUCUCACACAAAUCAUUCGAACGCUUAACAGAAGAGAGAUUGCUGAAUUCGAUUGGUGUACAGUCAGUCAGAUCUCCAUUUUAUUGGUGCCGAUCAGUGAUGCGGAGAGGUUGCGAAAAGAGUUCAACCGUUUGCAUGCAGCUGGACUAGAUGUGAUCAUCGGCCCUUCCGAUCCCUGGUCGAGCAUUCUUUUGGAAACACUUUGCGCUGAACGAAAGAUGCUUUAUAUUAGAAGGGCUCCUCACUGUGAAUUCGCUAUGCAAACUUCAAAUACAACUUUGCCAUUGACUGAUUCGUUCACCAAAAACCUGGUCACUUCACUGCUCAACGAAUGGAAAUGGAACCAAUUCACUAUUGUGUAUUCAAAGGAUACUCGUAAGUUGUUGGCAGAGAGUUUUCUUCUCAAUUUUGAUUUUUCAUCUCCUUGCCAAAUUCACGAGAUAAUCACCGAUCGUCCAAACGUUUUCCCGGAUUUCUUGGAAGUUGAAGAGAUUAGCCAAGAAGGGUUUAUGAUUGCCGCGACAAAGCUGAGGGAUACAUGUGAUCGAAAAGCCUGCUGGAGUCAAGUGAAUCGAGUUCUUUUACUAAUGAAUGCGCAGGAUUCUCUCGAUUUCCUCGAUAUGAGCCUCAAAUUGGGUCUCAUCAACUCAAUCAAUUGGUUUUUGCUAUUCAACUUAGACAGUUUAUAUGAACACAUGGAACCCUACUCACACAACAAGAUGAGAAUCUCAUUGGUUGUGCCAAGGAAUGUUCUCUCGAGUGGAACAAAAUCCGGCUUGUCGAAGAACUCUCAAAGAGUUCUUCAGGAAAUUUAUGCUGAUUGGAGAAAGAACUACCCGCUGUAUUUGAAAUCUCCACAAAGAGACUUUUCUCAGCUCUUCGAGAGUGUCAUCUUUGCUUAUGAAGCUGCUGAAAAGAAGACGUCGACUACAAAAGCAAUGAUUCCACCAAAUUUGCCAGUGAACUCGUCACUGAUUGAUGUUUGGGAGCUGGGAAUUAAUGGACAACCAAUUCAUACCGGAAUCUGGAACUCAAGUGGUCACGGUAAAUUGCUGAUGCAAGCGAAAAACAUUCCGUACACUCACGAGCAUGCUAUUCAACAACUUAAAUCGAUGAGAAUUCUCAAAGUGACGUCGAUUGCUGAAAAGCCUUAUGUAAUGAAAAAGGUUUUGCCAAGUGGUCAAAUUGUGUAUGAAGGGUUUUGCGUUGAUUUGCUUAAUCGAAUGGCUAAAAACUUGAACUUUGAGUAUGAGCUGAAUAUCGUGGCUGAUGGAAAGUAUGGAGAGCCAAAGAAGAACUCGAGUGAUUGGGAUGGAAUGAUUGGAGAGAUUUUGAGAGGAGAAGCCGAUAUGGCGGUGGCUCCAAUCACUGUAACAGCUCUUCGGCUUGAGGUGGUCGACUUCACCGAUCCAUUCCUCCAACUCGGGAUCUCGAUGCUAAUGCGAAAACCCGAUCAGAAGUCACGAGUCAGCAUCACAUCGUUUCUUCUUCCAUUAACUUCAAGAGUCUGGUCUAUCACCCUUGUCGCCAUUUUGCUCACCACAGUGAUUCUCACUUUUGUCAGCUACAUCACUGCAACUGACACGAAAAAGAGUUUUCCGAUAUUGAACUCAAUCUGGUUUCUGGCCUGCAUCUUGUUGAGAGCCUCUUCCGGCUAUGGAUGUCCUACAUUUGCUUCAAGAGUUGUCAGUACCGCUUGGUGGGCUUUCACCCUUGUACUCAUCGCCCAGUAUACAGCCAACUUUGCUGCUGUACUAACCGUUGCAGGAAGAUCGAUGCCAUUCAAUUCCUUCGAGGAGUUGGGUAAUCAAACCGAGUAUACGUUUGGCUCGAUCUUUGGCGGCUCGACUGCUCAAUUCUUCAAGUACUCUCGAAUCGAGACUUUUGAGAAGAUUUGGCAACGAAUGUCGGCAAUGGGAAACGAGUCAUUUGUUUACAAGAAUGAUCAAGGAGUGAACAGAUCGCUGGAAACGAAAUAUGUUUUCUUAAUGGAGUCAGCCUCUCUCGAGUAUCGAGUGGCUCAAAAUUGUAACUUGACCAAAGUGGGGAAUGUUGUUUUGGGAUCAAAUGGAUACAGCAUUGCUUUACCAAAAGGAUCUCGUUGGAGAGAGAAAUUGACUAGGCAAAUCCUCGACUUCAAUGAGAAGGGGAUCAUUAUGAUGUUGAAGAAAAAGUGGUGGACCUCGGCGCAAGACAGCAAAUGUGUUGAAGAGAAUCAAGUAGUUGGUCAACCUUUGGGAAUGGACAGAAUGGCUGGUCUCUUCAUUCUUCUCUUUGGUGGCUUGAUCUUUAGCUUCAUCGUCGGGUUGCUCGAGAAAUUUCUUCAUCGGAUUCCCGCGAAUAUAGCCGGUUUUCAUCCAAUAUUAAUUGCAAAAACGAUGUCGACGACGAUGAAAGUGAUGCUUUGUGAUUUGAUGAGAAGACAGAGAGGAUUACCUGAACACAAGAUUAUUACGGGAAAACAGAGCAAUAUUUGUUACGAUAACAAUUGGUAUCGCAACACUCGUUCAUCACGGCUACUUUGGAGAACUUCAGGCAAUCCAUCACUCAUUGUUGUGAGAGACCCAAUUGAAAGAUUCAUCUCGAUUUAUGGCUACAUUUGCAAGAAAAAGAAGAAAUCUUUCUGCCCACCGAGUAUGAACAUUCACAAAUUUGCGAGAUUUGUGUAUCGAAAAUUGCUGACUCGAGCAACUGGUGGAAGGAUUGGAACGGAUAAGAUUAUCGGGCAUUCGCAGCCAUCAUUUUGGUUUGCUUAUGAACGAGGCAGAUCUUUACCCAGAAAUAUCGACGUUCUCUAUCAAUCAUCGAAUCCACAAGCAAACGCAGCUAGAUUGUUCAAAAUUUUGGUGAAAAGAAAAGUACCAAGAGGAAUCGCAAAGAAGGUAACCAGCUGGGUAUCGGACUCACGAAUCAACUCAAGGCGCAAACCGAGUGACCGAAUGCUAUCACGAACUUGGGAAAAUGAGAUCUACUCUAACAAGGAGACCCUGCUGACAGUGCUUAGAACCUACUACAAUGAUUAUCGACUCCUGAAAAUAGAACUACCAUUAAAACUCCAAAGAGCCAUUAAAAGAUACAGAAUCCAACUGCCACACAAAUUGAAGAGAAUCUCCGGAAAUCGUUUUAUUUUGCAGGAUAACUGUUAUACAACUCACAUCAAAACAAGAGACGAAAGAUUGUUACCAAAGAAAAUUUGU